AUGGCUACUCCUUGGUACUUUGUUGCUCUACUUCUCACCAUUCUUACUAGCUCUCAGGGAAUUUUAACAACUCUUUCUCAAAGCAAUGGAGGUUAUAAGUACGAUUAUGCAACUGUUCCAUUUCUUGCCGAGGUUUUUAAGCUGAUCAUUUCUGGUUUAUUUCUCUGGAGAGAGAUGCGGACAUCUUCCUCAGCAACUGCAAGGAUCACUACGGAUUGGAAGAGCAGGAAAUUAUCAAACCUUCAGUGGAUGGCAAUCGGUCUUUUAGCUGUUGGAACAACUACCAGCCAGGUUAAGGGAUGCGGAGAAGCUUCAUGUGAUUCGCUAUUCACAGCACCAAUACAAGGGUAUUUGUUGGGCAUUCUCUCAGCUGGCUUGUCCGCACUAGCUGGAAUCUACACAGAGUUUCUGAUGAAAAGAAAUAAUGACAGCUUAUACUGGCAAAACUUGCAAUUGUAUACGUUUGGUUCACUUUUCAACGUUGCUCGACUUAUAGCAGAUGAUUUCAGACUUGGGUUUGAAAAGGGUCCUUGGUGGCAACGUAUCUUUGAUGGGUAUAGCAUCACCACUUGGUUGGUAGUUCUGAAUCUCGGAUCCACCGGCUUACUCGUCUCGUGGCUAAUGAAGUAUGCAGACAAUAUUGUGAAGGUUUAUUCUACAUCAAUGGCGAUGCUACUUACUAUGGUUGCAUCCAUAUACCUCUUCAGUUUCAAACCAACAGUGCAGCUUUUCUUGGGUAUUAUCAUAUGCAUCAUGUCACUCCAUAUAUAUGUACUUUUCUCCUCCACACACGCUCGUGGACUUGCCCGUGACAAACGAAGCACAUUCCAAGACCUUGAAGCAAGUUACCGUAGAAGAAAAGACAGAUUCUUGAUUCAAAUGGACGAAAAAGGUUAG